AUGGUGGUCCAUGGUGGCCUUUGGGGCUAUGGUGGUCUCUGGUGGUCCCUGGUGGUCUAUGGUGUCCCUGGAGAGUCUGGUGGUCCCUGGUGUUCUCUUGGUGGUCUCUGGUGUUUAUGGUGGUUCCAUGGUGGUCUCUGGUGGUCCCUAGAGUCUGGUGGUCCUUGUGGCCAUGGUGGUCUACGGGCCUUGUGGGCUAUGGUGGUCUAUGGUGGUCCCUGGUGUUCUCUGGUGGUCCUGGUGUUCUAUGGUGAGUCCGGUGGUCCUGGUGGGCAGGUGGCCAUGCAGGUCUCUGGUGGGCCAUGGUGGUCUCUGGUGGUCCCUGGUGUUCUCUGGUGUUCUCUGGUGGUCCUGGUGGGCCAUGGUGGUUUAUGGUGGCCCUUGGUGGGCUAUGGUGGUCUCCCAGGUCCCUGGUGGUUCAUGGUGUCCCUGCAGAGUCUGGUGUCCCUGGUGUCUCUGGUGGUCUCUGGUGUUCUAUGGUGGUCCAGGUCUCUGUGGUCCCUGGUAGAGUCUGGUGGUCCUUGGUGGUCUAUGGUGGUUCAUGCAGGCCCUUGGUGGCUAUGGUGGUCUAUGGUGGUCUCUGGUGGUCCCUGGUUCUAUGGUGGUCCUGUAUCUGGUGGUCUAUGGUGGUCUCUGGUGGUCCCCGGUUCUGGUGGUCCUGGUAGAGUCUGGUGGUCCCUGGUAGAGUCUGGUGGUCUCCUUGGUGUCUCUGGUGGUCUAUGGUGGUCUCUAUGGUCCCUGGUAGAGUCUGGUGGUCCUGGUGUUCUAUGGUGGUCUCUGGUGGUCCCUGUAGGUCUGGUUGGUCCCUGGUGUUCUUUGGUGGUCUAUGGUGGUCUAUGGUGGUCCCUGGUAGAGUCUGGUGGUCCUUGGUGUUCUAUGGUGGUCUAUGGUGUCUCUGGUGGUCUCUUGGUGUCUAUGGUGUUCUGGUGGUCUCUGGUGGUCUCUCUGGUGGUCCCUGGUGGUCUCUGGUGGUCCCUGGUAGAGUCUGGUGGUCUGGUGUUCUAUGGUGGUCCCUGGUGGUCUGAGUCUGGGGUGGUCCUGGUGGUCUAUGGUUCCUGUUGGUCUCUGGUACCUGGUGUUCCCAUGGUGGUCUACAGGUCUUGGUGGUCUCUGGUGGUCCCUGGUGGUCUCUGGUGGUCCCUGGUAGAGUCUGGUGGUCCCUGGUGUUCUCUGGUGGUCUCUGGUGUUCUAUGGUGGUCUAUGGUGGUCUCUGUGGUCCCCAGAGUCUGGUGGUCCCAGGUCUAUGGUGGUCUAUGGUGCCUUGGUGGCCAUGGUGGUCUCUGGUGGUCCCUGGUGGUCUAUGGUGUCCCUGGUAGAGUCUGGUGGUCCCUGGUGUUCUCUGGGGUCUCUGGUGGUCUAUGGUGGUCUAUGGUGGUCUCUGGUGGUCCCUGGUAG